AUGACAUCUAGUUCAUCUCCAAUGCACAAUAAUUGUAAUAGCAGUUUUAAUGGUAGCGGCUCUAUCAACGGGACUUUGUGCAGAACCGGCAGUCUUGGAUUUAUUGAUGAAGUGCUACGUUACUCUGGAACUAAACAAUAUAUAUUCUUACAAGUUCACGUCUGUGCAAUUCACCAAGUGUCUUUAGGAGAUAUAUCAGAUUUUCAUGAAACAGAUGCUUUAAGCUAUAUUGAUAGAUAUUAUAAAAAAAGAAGAGCUCAUUGUACUGCAGCUUUACUAGAAGAUCGAAUUUGUUUACGACGUGUUAAACAGUCGGGAAAAAUGCCAUUUCAUCCAUGGGUUGUAUAUAAUGAAAUAAAGUAUAUAUUCAUAAGCCGGAAACGACCUGAAUACUUUGUCUUGUGUAUCGAUUCAAAUCAUGACCGGAGAAAAUACUAUGAAAUAUACAAAUGUAAAUCAGCUGAUGAUGUUAAACAAAUUGAAGAGAAGAUGAAAGCAGCAAUGAGGGAUCCUGAUAAGUUACUACGUAAAAUGCAUAUUUUAAGCCGUAUUAGUUUACCUCCUAAAAAUAAUGAAAAUCAAAAAGAGUUGGUUCCGAAGAUCAUGGUAGAAGAUGUAAGUAAAUUAAAUGAUGAUGAAGAUAAUAAAAAUAUUUAUAGUAAUAUUCAUGAUAAUAAUAAUAAAAUUCGUAAUAAUAAUAAUAACAAUAAUAAUAAUAAUCGUAAUAAUAACAAUAAUGGUGGUGGUGGUGGUAGUAGCAGUAAUGAUAAUAAAAGUGGUAGUGCUGACAAUGAAAUCGAUGUCAAGAAAGACAAAAAAUCUACUAGUUCCUUAAGUCCCGUCACACCAGUGAAAGAUUUAACUCUUGAAUCAUUGAAUGAAAAUUAUGUUGUAUCUAGUAUUUCAAUUACUCCCAUCGAAUUUUUUCAUCAUUCACCUGAAUCAUUAAUUUAUCAAAUAAAACAAAGUGUAUACGAACCAUCUCAGAAUACACAUUCACUGCCCCAUUCUAUGUCAUCAGAAAGUGGAGAUAUUCAUCUUGAAACUCGAAUUAAUGAUAUAAUAGAUAAAAUAACAUUUAUUAAUCAUGAUCCAUUAAAAGGAUUUUGUGAAAGUCAAAAUGGAAAUUUUUAUAUGUUUCUAGACCGUCAAGAAUUUCAUUUGAAUAAAUACAUUGAUAGAGAAGAGAGUUUUAUCAUAUCUAAUCAAAAAGAAUGAGCACUUUAAAAUUACCACUUAUUAUCAAAGAAUUAUAAAUAUAUUUCUUAUUAUUUCUUCUUCUUCCUCUUCUUCUUCUUCUUCUUAUGUUCAUGACAAUCAUUACAAUAGUAUUUUCCUCAUGAUUAAUAUAUUCUGUUAUAAUAUUCAUUGAUACAAAACUGACUUAUCCUUUCAUCAUAAUUACAUUUCUAAAAAAGACGAAGUAUUUAAACGACAUUGAGAAAUGAUACAAUUUGAUAAUAGAAUGAAUAAAUCUUUAAUAUGAUAAACAUAUGCUGAAUAAAUCAAGAAUCAUUUAAAGAGAAAACAGUAAAGAGAAUAACAAAUGUAAGAUUUGGAAUUUUCAUCAACUAGAUAAUGUCCUAUCAACAACUUUAGCAUUUCAAUGUAUAUUAAACUAUUUUUUAGGAUACAUCCAUAUUUUUAUUGAGAAAUGUAAUAUAUCUUGUGAAUCAUUUUGACAUUUUGUAAUUAAAGUGAGUGUUGUAUUAUUUCAUUAGUUAUUUGUAUGUACUGAUAUUGUUUAGAUAAAGAUUUAUAAGUA